AUGAGUGUCAAGAAUGAGUUUAUCGAUCUUACCCUGGACGACGACGAUACUUCCACCAGCGACUACAGUCCUUCCGUCAGAGCUGAGGAGAUGGCUACCACUUGGAACAACAGCAGGCUCGACAAGGGUAAAGAGAAGGUCAUCGAGUUCAAGGGGAAGGAAUUUGAAAAGCCCCAGAAGCAGCAGUCUGCUGACAGCAAACCAAAGAAAUUCAUCAAGGCCACAAAGUCAUAUCUCCUGAAUGGCUUCAUGGCCGACAAUCUAGACGACACCACCGCAUACUCGUGGGAUACCACAACUUAUACGGAGCAGGCAGCGAAAGAGCCCAACUUUAUUGGGAAUGCUUUCUACUAUAACUUGGGCAAGACAAGUCUCUAUCCUGACCUUGGAGGCGAAUAUGUCAUCUUGUACACUCGUCCAGUGGGUACAAGAUUCGACCAACAGGCACAAUCCACUACCUUCCCCCCAUGCAUGGGAACCAGGAUCAUCAUCGCCACCGAGGUACCUAAAGGAAAUAGCGACAUGGUCAAAAAUAUCGAACGAAUCUUAAGAGCGGGUUACUGGGCAGCGGGCGACUUGUCAUUUAAUGGACUUCAUGUCGCAAUGAGAUGUGAAAAGGUAUCCAACAGCCCUCAUAACUUCAAUCGCCACAAAGCCUCUGUCAAGACGCAUCCAACAGAUACAACAUCCACAAACGCCGACGUGGGCGCAUUGGACCAUAUGCUCGAGUAUGGUCUCAGAGACACAGGCUCGACUAUCUCUUUCGGGAUCAAGGUGACGAAGGGAUUGUGGAACGAAGAGCAAUUCAAGACCGACUUCUUUGGAUUCCAUUUCCUUCAGCUAGAGCUUGCUUGUUUCAACGCCCGGACAAAAAAGCCCGAUCGACAGCUGAUCGUAGCAGUGAAAAUUCCAAAGGCUUCGGACGGGGAUGUCUCGUCCAUGUUUAUCUUGAAACAGAGGCUUCUCAGUGUGCGAGAUGUCAGCAUCCUCGAGUCGAAGGAGAGGGUUCGAGAAUUAGCACACUGGCAUACGUAUGCGGUCACUGAGAAAUACCAGGCAAGGAAGACACCAUCAGGGUGGACCCCCGAUGCUACAACCGAUAUGGGUCUAGACGGGGGAUCUUUCGAUGCCUCGGAGCUCGAAUAUCACCUUUUCCACUGUCGCGACCCGAUUCGGGAGCUCAGCAACCUCAUUGUUUGGCUGGGAAACUUCACAAUCGGCCCGUCGACUUCGAAGCAAGACUCAGCACUAUGUGAAGCCAGAGAGUAUAUGGAGAACCGUCUUCAAGGGAUGAGAUUCGAGCUAAGGCUUCGAGAGGAAGCGGGCGGUCUUGGAGGGCCCUGGCCGGUCCCGUAUAGUUCGCACGCCGUACCAACGCAGGGCAAGCAGGGUAGUUGGAAGAUGGAGAACAUGGAAAAGAGCGAGAAGCCAAUGCCGCUCGGAGACAAGAAAACCCAGAGCCGUGGUGGCGGCGUAUCUCUGUCUAUCCCAAGAACCGAAUGGGAAUACGACGACGCAAUGGAGCUUUAG